CUUGCCCAGUUCAGACAACGUAAGGGGCAGACUGACAGCCAGGCUUCCACCAAGAAGAGCAAGAAAAAGAAGACCUCCUCUGGCUCCAAACAUCGGGAGAAGCCUGAAGAAACCCCAGAAGCUGGCUUAUCCCAGAACGAUGAGACCCUAUCACAGACUGCUCCGAGCGGAGCCAGUACCACUGCAGAGUUCACCAUCAUGAGAACGCUGCCUCAUGGCGAGAUGAUUCAGCAUGAUAAGACCUACACCAUUGAGCCUGAAAGUGAGGUGUCUACCACGGCCGAUGAUUAUAGCUCUGAGGAGGAAGAGUUCGAGGUGCGGGAAACGUUCAGCGACCGAGGCACUCAGAGCACCCUUUCGCGGCUCGAGGUGAUGGAGGAUGAACUGGUCGGGAAGCAGCAAGAAAUCGAGGAAUUGAACAGAGAACUGGAAGAGAUGAGGGCGGCCUAUGGAACGGAGGGAUUGCAACAGCUCCAGGAGUUUGAGACGGCCAUAAAACAGAGAGACGGCAUCAUCACUCAGCUUACAGCCAACCUCCAGCAAGCCAGGAAGGAGAAAGAUGACAUCAUGAGGGAGUUUCUGGAAUUGACUGAGCAAAGCCAAAAGCUGAAGAUUCAGUUUCAGCAU